GGAAGAUUCGGAUUGGUUCGAUCGGCGGUCGACUUUGAUCCUGGGGAGAUCGAUUCAGUGCCCUCUUCGAUGCCCUCGGACUUACACACGCGUCGCGAUCACCGAGGUACCGCAAACCCUUCACGACUUGACGCGAGACCGUGUUGGCCGUCGGUUCGUGGCUGCUCGAUGUGAAACUGUCGUGUUUUGUUUACAACGUGUCGACGAAUCGAAGAGAGGAGAACAUGAUCUACCAGCCGAACCAUCAGUCACCGACCAUGUCGUCCGCGAGGAAGACUUCACCCCGGCUUCAGCGACGGAACAUGCAAGCGUCGCCGGGCAAGUGCGUGAACGCGAAAGCGAAACGUGGAAACGACAGAACUGGGAACGAGGAUAGGUGCAGAGGACGAUGCAGAGUGCAAUGGAGCGAGAAACACGUGAAGGAGGGUUUGGUCCUCGUACAAGAAUCGCAACUUGCCAGGGUGGUGAAAACGGGACCGAUCACGGAGCACUACGAGAUCGACCCGAAGCCGUUUGCAAACGGACAAUGGGCGAAAGUGUAUCGAUGCAGAUCGCGGUCCACUGGCAUUCUCUACGCUGCCAAAUACUCCUCGAGGAACCGUUUCAACGCGGAUUGCAGCGCGGAAUUGAGACACGAGAUCGCGCUAUUGUCCCUUUGCUCGCAAUCCCCGCGCGUUGUACGGUUGCACGACGUCUACGAAACGCCCAAGGAAAUCAUCCUGGUGAUGGAAUACGCACCCGGGGGCGAUCUUCAGACGCUCAUCGACGGCGAUUUGGUGCCCCUCGAAGGCGACGUGGUGCACUUUGUGAGACAACUAGUCGAAGGACUUGCCUACCUCCACGAGAGAAAUAUCGCCCAUUUGGACAUCAAGCCGCAGAAUUUAGUGAUGAUGGGCAGCUUCCCGGAGUGCGAGGUUAAGCUUUGCGACUUUGAAAUCUCGAGGGUGAUACUGGAAGGGACGGAAGUUCGAGAAAUUCUUGGGACGCCGGAUUACGUGGCGCCUGAGAUCCUUCACUACGAACCGAUCACGUUGGCCGCCGACAUGUGGUCCUUGGGCGUGACGACCUACGUUCUCUUGACAGGAUUUUCCCCUUUCGGCGGUGAAACCGACCAGGAAACGUUCCAAAAUAUAUCCUUGGCCGAGGUGGACUAUCCCGACGAACUUUUCGGAGAUAUUUCGGCGCAGGCUAAAGACUUUGUCGCGAAGCUUCUGGUGCUAGACCCAUGUGCACGGAUGACGGCAAAACAAUGUCUGCGUCACGAUUGGUUGCGCGGCGCACCCACACAGGCCUCGCCGCAUCUCCGAAGAUACCUGUCGAAAUCGAGAGAAAUUUUAUUGGAACGAGUUGUCAGCCGUGAGAAUCUUCGAAGAGCGGCGCUUUUGAGCCAGGCGAGCAGUCAAGCGAACCUGUCGAGCGACAUACAGGAAUCGAAUCACUGCGAUCAGAGCUUGCAGGAUUGUAUGCUGAGUCAAAGCGAGAUGUGUCUGAGUCAUCGUCUCACCGGAAGUCGAUCUAGUCUCGAGGGUAGCGAAGAUUUCCCGAGUCCGGCGGAAUCACGCACCAGUUUGAACUCCUCCAGGACCAAUUUAAGUUGCGCCAGUCAGAGCUGCUUGCUGAACAAAGAGCAAACGCAAGGUUUGUUGAGUCGCGCGCAGAGUCGAUCGCAGGCGAAUCUGAAUCACGGUCCGAAUCGAGGACUCUUGUCUAGAAUACGAAGCCUGAACCGUAUACAGUCCCAGGCGUGUUUGCUCAAUGGAAACUCCGCGGAAGCCUCGAACUCGCUGCAAACGCGAACGACGAUAAAUCCUGUGAUCAGCCAUUCGCGCGAGAAGCUUUACGGUUUGCGAUCGUUGUCCAAGUCUCAAGGGGUUUUAGACAUAUAUAGAAGCCUCGAGUGUCUCAGACGAAGAAGGAAGAGCUAUCAACGCGCGAAAACCGAGGACAUGUUGCCGAUCUUUACGCGACUUGGCGCUGAGAUCGACACCUCGAAUUCAUCGAAUACGUCGGACGGUUCGAUUACGACCACCUGUGACCUCAAUGAUAUCCACGGAUUCGCUGGCGACGAUGUACGUUCAGCCGAACCGAAGAUACAUCGCGAUAAUAACAAGAACGAGAAUGUGUCCGAUCUACAGUUACCAGAUCCGGGCGUAGAGAAUGAUAUCAAAGUUGUUGUUAACUUUCCGAACAACGAAACUUCGUCGGCCAUGGAGGACAUCGAGAACUGCCGGGACGAAUCCAGAGAGUUAACCUUCGAGUCCGAGGAGAAUUUCGACUCGCUGAAAUCCAUAGAAUCAGACACGUUGACCGAAGAUUCGGAUGAAACAGCGCCAACAGUCGAUCGCGAUGCGAAACCGGGUCUAAUCGCCGGUAAACGUACCUGCCAACGACAACAUUCCGACGCCUCGAGUCAUUCGAAUAAUUCCGCGACGUCGGACGACAAAGAGGACCGAUCGACAGAGUCCGAAAACGAGGAGCCAAAGUACACCGUGGCGCAGCUCGUGUCUGCGUUCAACAAACACCAGGAAGUCGCCUCGAAAUCGAGCUUGGAAGCGAUAAUGACCGAGAAGAGAAUCAACGAGCUGACAUUUCCAACCGGGACGAAAGCACUGAGGCUGUUUAUACCGGACAUCGACAUCACCGAGAAUAAAAUCGUUCGACGAAAGACGAGUUACAAGCCGCGAAAGAACUGGGAAGAGUUACGGAAGAAGAACGAGAAAAACGAGGGGAUAUUGAAGAAUUUCGAUCAAGAUUCGGGCAACGAGGACGACGACGACGACGAGGAAAACGAGGACAACGACGCCCAUGAAAAAACGACGAACGAGGCCAACACGAUCGCUACCUGCGACUUCGCGAAUAACGAAACGAUAUUGAACGUUCGAAUUACGACCGAAAAAAGCGACAAGGACCAUAUCUGCUCAUCUGACGAUCGUUGGUCAGUUUUACCGUCUAUCGAGAUCAAUGGCGAUUCCAUUUUUACGGAGAACAUGGAUGUUCGGGAGAACGUCGAUACCAGAAUCGACGAGAAGUACAAACGUUGCGUAAAAGGUGCUAAAACGAUGAACGCGACCGAAACGGUGGAGAAAUGUGAAAAGACACGUUUGCUUCUCGAGACGUCGUCUGUCUGUCCGAAAGAAAGACUGCCUAAUUAUAUCUACUCUGAAAUAACGUGCCAUAAUAAAGAGGUCCCUCAGGACACAGCCAAGAAGACGUGUUCCGUGAUCUCGAAUGGGAAAAGUAAUUCAAGGGUGCAGAGAACAGAUCGGUCAAAAGGUAUGUACAAUCCAGCAUGCGCGAACGUGAAUCUUAAAGAUAUCUUGCAGAGGGUUGACAGCUUUCAAAAUACACCGAAAGAAAAUUUGGAAAAUCUACGUAAAAGGACAUCGAUCGCCAAGACAAUUCUAAACGACAACACACCGCCGUACGACAGUCACGACGCGAAUGGAAGUUCUCGAGCUCGAAGCGAGCCACCUGCGGGCUCGUGUCCGAAGGAAGAUAAUAAGAUGAAACUGGACGUGCCACCAUCUUUCGUCAGAUCGUCCUCCUUGUCGAGCGACAGCAGCUGCCCAACACCUUCCAGCAUACAGUCGGACACGAAUAUCUCAUGGGAGGACGUUCAUCAUGGCACAGCAAGCUCGAGCCUCCCUUUGGAGAAGGAAGAUUCUGGCAAGUAUCGCAAGAGGAACGACAUUCAAAGAAUUUCCAACGAGAGAAGAAACAAACAGUGCACAGACGAUAAAAGGCUGUGGGGUAGAGUUUGCACGGGAUCUUACAGCAGAGCGAUGGAGAAAUUUAGUAAGAACAGCGAUACGACUAAAAAGCCUGUCAGUCAAGUGAACGGAUCGCAACAGAACGAGAAAACUAGACGUAAAAGCAGCCCUGCGAUGCACCAGCACGUCAGCCCGUAAAAAUAGAAAUCUCCUAAGUACACGAAGACUGAAUCUAGAGUUUGGCCUUUCCUAAUUACAGUGACUCAGGCCGGAAGAGAAUAUUUCCGCCAAGUAAAUCCUUCUUUUCGCGAAUACCUCGUCGGACUGAGAACGAGAUAUGUAAUCCAUUCUGAACAUGAUCCUUGAUAAACGUUCACGGGCAUCGCUGAAAUAACAUCGUGCAACGACAAUGAUAAUGCAGUUGUC